AUGGCCGAAACUCAGACUCCUACCUUCAAGCUCGUCCUUGUCGGUGAUGGCGGUACCGGAAAGACCACCUUCGUCAAGCGUCACUUGACUGGUGAGUUCGAGAAGAAGUACAUGGCCACUCUUGGUGUCGAAGUCCACCCUCUGGGCUUCAGCACGAACUUUGGUCAGAUUCAGUUCGAUGUCUGGGAUACCGCCGGCCAGGAGAAGUUUGGUGGUCUCCGUGAUGGUUACUACAUCAACGGCCAGUGCGGUAUCAUCAUGUUCGAUGUCACCUCCCGUAUCACCUACAAGAACGUCCCCAACUGGCACCGCGAUCUCGUUCGUGUUUGCGAGAACAUCCCCAUCGUUCUCUGCGGUAACAAGGUCGACGUGAAGGAGCGCAAGGUCAAGGCCAAGACCAUUACCUUCCACCGCAAGAAGAACCUCCAGUACUACGAUAUCUCUGCCAAGUCCAACUACAACUUCGAGAAGCCUUUCCUCUGGCUUGCACGCAAGCUUGUCGGCAACCCCGCUUUGGAAUUCGUUGCUGCACCGGCUCUCGCUCCCCCCACCGCUCAGGUCGACGAGAAGCUCCUUGAGCAGUACCGCCAGGAGAUGGCUGAGGCCUCCAACAUGCCUCUGCCCGGUGAACUUUCCGACGAUGACUUGUAA